AUGAGCAACCCAUACAAUUUGGACCCGCCCCUCCGCCUCCCAAGGCAGAUGUGCCCCAUAUGCCCCAGCCAGGGCACCACCCCAUGCUUCAAACCAGGCCAUAUCAUCUCGUGUGACCACUGUGGGUACGAGUACUCGCCGCUCACUUCUAACAGCUGUCCUGGGUGUAGAAUGCUGGGGGUCCGCAUUACGCAUGGCCAGAUGAUGAAGUUUCUUGACGAUACUUCGAAAUUCGUUGAGCGGACUGCACGCACCUUUGGGGGCCCGCAGGUUCAGAAUUCCCGUGUGUCUACUACCAACCCUCUUGCUACUCUCUCGUUAGGCUCUACAAAUCUGUCCACUGGCAUGUCGAUGCGACGUCCAGCGUCCAGACAGGUCAUGAAUACCCCGGCUCGUCCAGUUUUCGGUAACCCAAGCUACAUACCUUCUACCUCCAUACCCAAUACCAGUGGCGGUUCUCUAUCAUCCGUCCGUCCCUCCGUUCCUUCAAAUCAGCACACUGCGGCAUACACAUCGCCUACCGGUGCCAGUAGUCCACCUGUUGCCAACAAGCCAUUCAUACCCACCAGCGGUGCUACAAACUUGCACACCGUCGCGAACAAACUGUUUGCCAGUGGUAUGAAUCAAGUUGGGCAGAAUACUACUAGAUCUCGCGUGCCCAUGAGAGCACCGUCAAUGUCGCCGACUGGCGUUGGCGCUCGGCCUGCGACCCCAGGCAGGGGCACCAGGAUGCAUGCUGGCAAUGGUCCUCCAUCACUCGCGCCAACCGGUUCUAGUUCGGGUCUUGCGCGUGGCUCUAGUUUCAGGAACUUUGGGCAUGAUAAUCCACCGCUGCGGAGACCUGGGAGAGGUCGUGGUGGCAAAGCGUCAGCUCGCGGCGGAACUGAGUCCCAGUGA